AUGGCCUCCAAGGACGAGCUGCCCAACUUUACCGUCAGCGACUAUGUCAAGUUCUUUGCCGCCGGCGCGCUGGCCGCCACGUCGACGCACGGGGCCGCCACGCCCAUCGACGUCGUCAAGACGCGCAUCCAGGUCGACGACGCCAUGAAGGGCCUCAACAUGGUCCAGGCCGGCCGCAGCAUCGUCGCCAAGGAGGGCGCCUCGGCCCUGCUCACCGGCUUCGGCCCCACGGCCGUCGGCUACCUCGUCCAGGGCGGCGCCAAGUUCGCCGGCUACGAGUUCUUCAAGAAAAAGUACAUUGGCCUGCUGGGCGGGCCCGCCGAGGCCGUCCCGCACCGCACCGCCGUCUACCUGACGGCCAGCGCGUCGGCCGAGUUCUUCGCCGACAUCCUGCUCUGCCCGCUCGAGGCCACGCGCAUCCGCCUCGUCUCCCAGCGCGGCUAUGCCUCGGGCCUGACGUCGGGCUUCAUGCGCAUGGCCCGCGAGGAGGGCUUCCGCGGCUUCUACUCGGGCUUCGUGCCCCUCCUCUUCAAGCAGGUGCCCUUUGCCGUCGGCCAGUUCUCCGUCCACGAGGCCGUCAACGAGCUCAUCUUCCGCUCCAUGGGCCCCGAGCGCAAGGCCCGCCUGUCCCGCCUCGAGUCCACCGGCGUCGAGCUCACCUCGGGCCUUGCCGCGGGCGCCGCCGCCGCCGUCCUCUCCCACCCGGCCGACACCCUGCUGUCCGCCAUCAACAAGGGCGCCGGCAACCCCAACGAGUCGGCCGCCUACCGCAUGUGGCAGCUGGCCCGCGAGUUCGGCCCCAAGCGCCUGCUGCUGACGGGGCUGGGCCCGCGAGUCGUCAUGACCUGCGCCCUGGUCUCGGGCCAGUUCGUCAUCUACGCCCAGUGCAAGGCCCUAACGGGAGCCCCGCCGGGCAUAGAGAUUCACAAGGAGGCGUCAUUGUAG